CCAUGGCCGCCCUGUCCUUUCAGGCCCUGGCAGGCCUGCUGUGGUGAAGGGGCGGCCCUUCCUCCUCCAUCUCUCCCUCUCUCCCUCCCUGCCUCCCUCCAUCGUCCCGGCGUUGGAGCACCGAUCCCCGGGCCGGGAUCCCGGCGGCCGCCGCCCUUCGCAGGCGCCGUGGCAGGGCCCUUCCGGUCAGGGUUGGCAGGACUAAGAUGGCGGCGGGGAGGCCAAGGCCCGGCCCAGGGGGGAGGGGGCCGCGAUGGCCGCGGGAGGCCCGGGGCCACUGAGCGGCCUGGGCGCCAUGGCGGCCGGGCUCAGGGCCGCCGGCCUCCCCGGCUGGAGGCGCCACAUUGCGGACGAGCUGCGGCGGAGGGACCGGCUGCAGAGGCAGGCCUUCGAGGAGAUCAUCCUGCAGUACAACAAGCUGUUGGAGAAGUCAGAUCUUCAGUCAGUAUUGGCUGGCAAGCUACAAGCUGAAAAGUAUGACGUGCAAAGCAAGCAUGAAAUCAGCCAGGGGCAUGAUGGAAUGUGGAACAAUAGUCAACUGCAAGAAAUGGCUCAGAUGAGGAUAAAACAUCAAGAAGAACUAACGGAACUGCAUAAGAAACGUGGGGAGUUGGCCCAGUCAGUAAUUGACCUGAAUAACCAAAUGCAACAGAAGGACAAAGAGAUGCAAGAGAAUGAAGCCAAAAUUGCCGAAUAUUUGCGGAAGAUCGCCGAAUUAGAGACAGAGUGCCAGGAGCUUCGCAACAAGCUGCAGGACCAUGAAAGAGCAAACCAGACCUUAAAGGAUGAGUACGACGCCCUGCAGAUCACGUUCACAGCUUUAGAAGAGAAGCUGAGGAAAACUACUGAAGACAACCAAGAGCUGGUCACCCGCUGGAUGGCAGAGAAGGCCCAGGAAGCCAAUCGCCUAAAUGCGGAAAAUGAAAAGGACUCAAGGAGACGGCAAGCCAAGCUUCAGAAGGAGCUAGCUGAAGCCGCAAAGGAACCGCUUCCUGUCGAACAGGAUGAUGAUAUUGAAGUGCUCGUGGAUGAAGUGACGGACCCAGCCGAGGAGACCUCUCCGGCACGAGCCUCCAGUCGAAUGACCACUAAGCGACUCUCCCAGCCUGCUGGAGGCCUUCUGGAAUCUCUCACUAAUAUCUUUGGUCUGUCCGAGUCUCCACUUUUGGGACAACCCUCUUCUGGUGCUGCCAGGAGACGUUCUGUGUCUUCCUCUCCCGUCCCCCAAGAUAACAUGGGUGCACGUCCUGGUUCCAGGAAAGAAGUGAGGGUGCCCACAAAAGCAGCGUACUAUUUUAAUGCACACGACGGAGAGGUGAAUGCUGUGCAGUUCAAUCCCAGUUCCAGGCUAUUGGCAACAGGAGGCAUGGACCGGAGGGUUAAACUCUGGGAAGUAUUCGGAGAUAGGUGCGAGUUAAAGGGCUCCUUUGCCGGCAGUAAUGCAGGAAUUACAAGCAUUGAGUUUGAUAGCGCUGGCUCUUACCUCUUAGCAGCCUCAAAUGAUUUUGCCAGCAGGAUAUGGACUGUGGAUGAUUAUUGGUUACGGCACACGCUGACGGGACACAGUGGGAAAGUGCUGUCGGCUAAGUUCCUGUUGGGUAAAUCACUUAUUGUUUCAGGAAGUCAUGACCGGACCCUCAAACUCUGGAAUCUGCAGAGCAGAAUCUGUACAAAAACGGUGUUUGCGGGAUCCAGUUGCAAUGAUAUUGUCUGCACCGAGCAGUGUGUGAUGAGCGGACAUUUUGACAAGAAAAUCCGUUUCUGGGAUAUCCGAGCUGAAAGUAUAAUCCGAGAAAUGGAGCUAUUGGGAAAGAUCACCGCCCUGGAUCUGAACCCAGAGAGAACAGAGCUCCUGAGCUGUUCCCGGGAUAACCUGCUAAAUAUCAUUGACCUUCGAGUCAAUGCUAUCAAACAGACCUUCAGUGCUCCAGGAUUCAAGUGUGGAUCUGAUUGGACUAGAGUUGUUUUCAGCCCUUUUCAGAUUCAGUCCUGGGCUGAAUCUAUUGCUCUACUGUCUUUCCUACUCCUUCCCAGCCCCGAUGGCAGUUACGUGGCAGCUGGCUCAGCCGAGGGAUCUCUCUAUAUCUGGAAUGUGCUCACUGGAAAAGUUGAAAAAGUUCUUUCAAAGUUUCACAGCUCUUCUAUCAACGCAGUGGCUUGGUCACCCUCUGGUGUUAAUGUAGCCAGUGUGGACAAAAGCAACAAAGCGGUUGUGUGGUCUGACUACUGACUUGGAAGGCAUGUGAAGAGCAAAGCUUCGAAGGUGUCGUCAGCGAGGAAGCGCUCACCCGUGGAGGCCCGUGGCUAGAGCUGGCCUUCCUCCGGGCUUACGGUCCAAGUGCCCGGCUCUGAUUUCCUGGAGAAGAACUCUAGUGAAACGGUGGCCUUCCUUUGUACAGAAUUUCAGAGAAGGAGCUCGGAGCUCUCCUGUGGUCUGGAAGAGUAGCCCCGAGCGGGGGAAACCGCCCCCCGUGCUGCUGGCACUUAGCAGGGGAUCUGUUGGGUGUCUCUGAAUUGGUGGGAGAACACUAGUAGCUUCGAUUUUUUUCCAUACCUCACUGGAUGGAAUUGACGUAAAGAGGGUUUGAUCCUUCAUCGGACAGCAGUGCCAAUUAUCCUAAAUACGUGUGUGUUCGUUCCCCCCCUCAGCCCUCACUUUUCCUGCCUCUGUGCGCUCUUCUUUUCCCAGGGGCUGACUUGGGCGGGAGGCAACGGGAGCUUGAAUUAUGGUACAGAACGGUCCCUCAUAAAUCCGUAAAGCGAUGAAAUAGUUGUAUACUCUCUUAGCAGUUCGGACAUUUCUUCAAUACAAGGUUGUUGCCGUGGCAUGGGCUUGUUCGGCCGAAUCGCUUUCACUUUCUUGAGCAUCCCUUCAGGAUAUUGUCCAGACUUCAAAGUGGGUUUUUUUAAAAAAAUUUUGUUUUUGUUUUAACCUUUCACGUCUCCUCUUCCAUUCAGGAUUCUGGCACAUAAGAGAAUUAAGUUAAGGAGCGUUUUCAUUCUGAACAUGAAUUUGCUGUGAAAUUGGAGGGGUGAGGGUUUCUUCUGCUUUCAGGCAGGGAUGUGCUACUGCUGUGAUGAAGAAUGGAUUGAUUCUCCUGUGCCCUAUGCCGGGAGAUAAAUGAACCGCGCCUCACUUAACACAUCCGUCCUGUCCAGAGACAUCUCCAAGGGUGUUUGGGGUUGUGGGUGGCGCGUAGGAAAUUGCGGUCCCGAGUGCAGUAAUCGGGUGCUGGCAAUUCCAGACCACCUGCCCCCUUUGCUAAGCACACGCGCGAUACCCCGCUUGAUGCAGGGAACACCCAACUUCGAGACUUAGGAAGCUUGGGAACUUCUGCAUCCUUGGGUAACAAAACGGUAAUGAGACUGGGGAGUAGUCUGUGGGCUUUUUUUAAAUGUUUAUCCAAACUACCUUUUUUUCCUUUACGAGCCAGGGGGCUUUAAAGCCCUUCUCUUCCACCUCUAUCCCUCUCCCCACCUCACACGCAAACACCCGAACACCCCCCACCAUGUUUUAUCACUUCUUUUAAUUUGCACUUUAAUUUGCUUCCUUCCUGAAUUUUUUUUUCUGUGGAAUUUGGGAAAUGUGUGUGUUUAAAGCUAGAUGAAAGACAAAUGAUGCUUGUUUCUUUUCCUUAGUCAAGGUAUCUCUCCUCCCAUCUGCCUUCCCCAACUACUCCCUCCUCAUUUGUCUCUUUCCACCUCAUUGUCCAGAUACUUUUUGCUGAGGGAAGUUAAAAUACAUAGGCCAGGGCAAAUCUUUUAUUUAUUAUUAUUAAGCUGCCAACCAGAACUUGAUUGUAAAUAAACUUAUCCUCUGCUUUUAAAAUUC